GGCUCUGAUAACGAAAGCCAGCGAGCACAAGCUUCUCGUAUUUAAAGCACACGGCCAUCAUUUUACGUCCAUUCCUUCCCCCCUCCCCACCUUCUCCUUCCCAGCUAUGUCUACCAAUUCUCGAGAGGCCAAGGCCUCUGAAUACGGCACCGAGAAAGAUGUCGAAGUUGUGGCAUACACCACGACCGAAGACCACGAUAUCAUCGACUUUGAGGAAAAGAAGGAUCUCAAACGGGGUCUAGGACAAAGACAUAUCCAAAUGAUAGCGCUUGCUGGGACGAUAGGAACAGGUCUGUUCCUGGGCUCCGGUAAAGCUAUAGCUCGUGGUGGUCCAGUGGGCGCACUACUAGGCUACGCCUUCGUGGGUGUCCUCGUAUCAUGCGUCGUAUUCUGCCAAGCCGAGUUAGCGGCUCUCGUCCCUCUCUCUGGUGCCAUCGUCCGUCACGCAGAGUACUUCUUCGACCCAGCCCUAUCCUUCGCAAUGGGCUGGAAUUACGUGUAUUCAAACUGUGUCAGUCUCCCGGCAGAGAUCACAGCUGGGGCUGUCCUCAUACAAUUCUGGUCCUCCAUCAGCAACGGGCUGUGGAUCACCAUCCUUGGCAUCCUGCUCAUCAUCUCGAACUUGCUCUUUGUUCGUGUAUACGGUGAAUUGGAAUUCGGCUUCGCAAUUCUAAAAAUUAUGCUGGUGGUGGGGUUGAUCAUCAUGGGUCUUGUGGCUGGUCCCGACCAUCACAGAUACGGUUUCCAAUACUGGCGAAAUCCCGGCCCAUUCGUCCAAUAUCUCAACAUCGAAGGCUCCCUCGGCCGCUUCCUCGGCUUCUGGACCACCUUCUCCAACGCCGCCUACUCCUACUCCGGCAUCGAAACCGUCGCCAACGCCGCCGCCGAGACCCAAAACCCCCGGCGAAACAUCCCCCUCGCCGCCAAACGCGUCUUCUGGCGCGUCCUCAUCUUCUACGUCCUCGGGAUCCUCAUCGUCGGCCUCAUCGUUCCCUCCAACGACCCAAACCUCCUCGGAGGCUCAGGGAACGCCUCUCAAUCCCCAUUCGUCAUCGCCGCGACGCGAGCGGGGAUCUCUGUCGUUCCGCAUAUCAUUAAUGCCAUUGUCCUGACAUCCGCUUGGUCUGCGGGGAAUUCUAUCAUGCUAAACGGAUCGCGGAACUUAUACGGUAUCGCACGAGAAGGACAUGCACCGAAGAUUUUUCUCCGUGUUAAUAGGUUUGGUGUGCCGUAUGUGGCUGUGAGCUUCUUGGCAGCGUUCAUGGCUUUGGCGUACAUGACGCUGCAGGAUAGUGCCUCUACCGUCUUUCAAUGGUUCCAGGUAUGGAUCAUCAUAUGCCUCGUCUACCUUCGCUUCUACUACGGCAUGAAGAAACAAGGUAUCUCCAGAGACGAACUCCCAUGGAAGUCACCCUUCCAGCCAUACGCCGCCUGGCUCGGCUUCUUCGCCUUCUGCCUCAUCCUCCUCACCGGAGGAUACUCCCCUACUUCAACAUUCCCUCUCAUCUUCGCGCUUUACUUUAGCUACAAGUUUAUCACAAAGUCCAAGCUGGUACCGUUAGAUGAGAUGCCGAUUCGUAAAUACAUCGAGAUUGCGAACCAAAAUCCUGAACCUCCUGCGAAGCCUGUGAAGGGCUUGAAGAGGUUUAACUUGCUAUGGAGCUGAUCGGGCCUGCUUUCGUGUUUUUCUAGUACGGUCUCAAGGAUUUUUAUGAUAAUUCUAUUUACGCCAAUUGUAUAAUGGUCAAUAUCGAGUUUGUAGUUGACACUGUAAUCUCUCUGUAUGCGAUCAAGCACUCGUACUUAGCGCUAGCUUGAGAACUGCAAAUUCUCCUGGCCUGCCACCUGCCCCC